AUAGAGCAUCAAUAAAAUGUUGUAACAAAGGUAAUGAUGGGCCUGACAGUUCAAAGGAUGUUGAUGUAUGAGAAACUGACCCUUAGCUACCGAAGCGAUGGGAGAUCUAUCAUUGUGGCUACUAAGAACUGAGACGUACAGAACUUGAGGUAAUCGUCCUUGAAGACUAAAAGAAAGAAGAAACAAAACAACGAAGUAGUCGGACUCCAGAACAAGAUGUGGAACCCGCUGUCAAGAUAAGAAUGACUGAUCAAGUAUAAUUCUGUGUAUUUUGGAUUAGGUAAUGCUUUGUAGGUGCAUAAAUACAUGUAUGCGAACUCAUGUAAGCUGUCACUCUCUGCGGAGGUGACCCAACGCUGCUGGACCUGAAUAAAAUCCUAGAGUAACCCACGACGGAGUUCGAGUCUCCUUUAACACCUGCCAUGGGGCCCACACCCCCUCAUCCCGCAGGCAGAGCGUUCAGCGGGAGUCUCUUGGGGGUGUCCAACCCCAGCUUCUGCCUCCCCUCCUGCUUGGAACCCCCCCUUACGUUGCACCCCCCCCCAGGAGAGGCCACCGUGCCCAGCACCUGGAACCAGUGACUCUGUGACAUCAGCCCCGUUGCCGAGGGCACCGCGGGCAACAGGAGCACUGCGGGCACUGUGUCGGCUGCUGCGCUGGUGGUGAGGAGCCCUCCGGUCUUGCAGCUGCAGUGAUGCAUUCGCUUCCUUUCCUCGUCCUGCUGGCCACGUGCUGGGCUGCAGGCAGCACACGGGACAGCUGUGGAGGGACCUGCGGGCUCCGGCCCACGGCUUCUCAGCACGGCACGUCGCGCGUCGUCGGUGGCACAGACGCCCAGCCAGGCUCCUGGCCCUGGAUUGUCAGCAUCCAGGAUCCCUGGGCGAUAGGCACAGGACAUAUAUGUGGAGGGUCCCUCAUCAGCCCACAGUGGGUCCUCACAGCAGCCCACUGCUUCGUCGAGGCCAGGUACAUCACCAUGUGGCGCGUGGUGAUCGGAGCCACCCAUUUGUCUCAGCUGGGCCCUGACACCCAAGUGCGCCAUAUUAAGCGGCUACUGGCUCACGAGCACUACACUAGUAUCACAGAGGAGAAUGACAUUGCCUUGCUGGAAUUGGACCAGCCUGUCCAGUGCAGCUACUCCAUACAGCUUGCCUGCGUGCCUGACGCCUCGCUGAGAGUGUCAGAGCUGAAAAACUGCUACGUCAGCGGUUGGGGGUCCACAGCUGCAAGAUCUGGAAGACCAACUGAUGUCCUGCAGGAGGCCAAGGUCCGGCUCAUCGACGUCAAACUCUGUAACAGCACCCGGUGGUACAGUGGGGCCGUCCACCCCCACAACCUGUGUGCUGGCUAUCCGCAGGGCGGCAUUGACACCUGCCAGGGCGACAGUGGUGGUCCUCUUGUUUGCAAAGAUACCAGUGCUGACUACUUCUGGCUAGUUGGAGUCACCAGCUGGGGGAAAGGCUGUGCAAGAGCAAGACGGCCCGGAGUCUACACCUCCACUCAGCACUUUUACGACUGGAUCUUGGUACAGAUGGGGCUGCACCCAGCACUAACGGCUGCUCCAACACCACAGCCAGUCUUCACACCACAGCCAGUUUUCACUUCAACCCCCUUUCAGAAGCCAAGUCCAGUACCAACGCAAGAGAGCGGCUUUACAUCCUGUCUAUUUCCACGCCAGAAGCUGGUGGAAUUCUUUAAUCUGCUGCAGGAGCUCCUGCAGGUCCUAAGAGGAAAAAAGGCUUGAGUAGCCAGAUGAAUGGGAUCCAGUGCAGGCUGCAGUGUACCAUGACCAUUCCCUUCUGGGGCAAUGCCUGCUGAUCCGAUGGCAGCCUCAGUGUCAAAGGCCUCUUCUGUCCUGUCCCUGCUCACAAAUGCUAGAGUACACACAAAUGCUUAAGUUGCCUUAGUUCCUGAAAUAAAGUUAACAGUUUUCACAGCUAACCAUGCUCCAGUGCAAUUCAGUCACCUGUGCAAAGCAAGGACUUCCAUGGCUGGCUGGUCCCUGCCAAAUGAGGCUGCAGGCAGCUAAGUGGGGCACAAAGGGAAGAGUUGCUCAAAAGGCCUGAAUCCCUGUCUGGCCACAGAGGAGGGGGAUGGUUCAGUGUAAGAAAGGAACAUGGGUGAUAGGGGGCAAGAGGUCUUGGGACAGCAGUUGGAAACACAAAGUGUCUUUGGCCGGCUACUGGGGGGAUCCCUGUGUGUGUACAAUGCACCAGUGAACCUCAGACUGGACUCUCUCAUGACACAGGAGAUCUAGAAAGACCCAACGUUUGCACCAAUGACUGGCUAAGGAGCUUGACAUCCAGCCACAGAUAUUACAUGGACUCGAUUUCCAGAGUGUUGCUUGAGGAAUCCAUGCACACGCUGUGCUUAUGAAUCUAGGGAAUGAAGUUGUGGUUCACUAGCAAACAUCCAGUCCUGAUCAUAUGGAAAGGCAGAAAAGGAGCGGCCUGUGUUCACAUUUAUGUAAGUGGUGGUUACAAAGACCUGGGUGCCGGUAAAGGCGUUACUCUGUCUAUGUCAAUCUGUUUUGCCGGUUGCAUUAUUGGUGUAAAUCUGUGUGUGUGUGUCUGCAUCUGGCUCUUUGGAAUGCACCAUAAGUCUUCUGAACACACACACACACGUGAGGACAGCAGCAGCCACAAGGCUGGGCUGGGAGAAGCCUCCUGGGAGCGAGAGUCCACUGGAUUCAGCUCUAGCAGACCUGAAAGGAGAAAUCCCCUGUGUUCAGAAGUCUACUGAAUCUAGCUGCUCUGUAACAGAAUGGGGAAGGAAACCCAAAGAAACUCUGCAGCAGAGAUCACAGGGGUGGGCAGAGAGGCAGCACUGGCGAAGCUGUGAAAGCAAUGGGGCGGGCUGGCAGUUGGGUUUGUACUGUAUAGUAACUAGACUGCCUUAUAACGAAAGUGCAGGAAGAAUGCAAGCUCAAAGCUGUAUAAAAAAAAAUGAUGUAGUGUUUGUUUUCUCCAGUAUGUACCAUUAAAGCAUCUGAGCAGGACCCUUC